AGUUCAGUCUUAAUAAAAUUGGUCUGACGGAACUAAACAACCAAGAUGAACAAAAACAAAAAAACAAGCAGAAAUUACAAAUUGCAUCUUCUAACAAUUUAGAAUCAGCCCUUAAUAUUACAACGAAACUAGAAAAAACUAAGUCCAGUUUGCUAAUUAAAAAGAACAAUGAAGAAUUACUAGCAGAAAUAUUGACUACUAAUGAUGCGGUCAAGGAAACAUUCUGA